CCUAUUGAUGGCAAGAUGGCGGAGUCGGAGGAGAAGAAACCAGCUUGUACGUUUCUGUUCAAAAAAUCCACCAAAAAAUUCUCCGGGCGGAAAAGAAAAGCAAGUAACAGCGAUAAAGAGGACAUCAGUGAUGAGGACCAGAGCGCUGUGGUCAGAAAAGAAAAGAAAGAUGGGCGAGUGAACCCCAUGAUUCAAAAGAGUAAAAAAGUGGAAAAAGACACCGUGUCUUCUAGUGAAAGUGAAGAUGAGAAAAAAGACAAGAACAUCACAGUUUCUUACAAGUCUACACGGUCAGCGAAACCACAGGGACCCGAUGACAUGGGUGCGACUGCUACAUAUCAGCUGGACACAGAGAAAGACAACGAUGCUCAGGCCAUUUUUGAGAGGAGUCAGAAAAUCCAAGAUGAGUUAGAAGGUAAAGAAGAUGAUAAAAUAUACCGUGGGAUCAACAACUACCAAAAAUUCAUCAAGCCUAAAGAUACCAGCAUGGGCAAUGCCUCCUCUGGCAUGGUCAGAAAGGGACCAAUUCGAGCCCCUGAACACCUGAGAGCUACAGUCCGGUGGGACUAUCAGCCAGAUAUCUGCAAAGACUACAAGGAGACUGGUUUCUGUGGUUUUGGAGACAGCUGCAAGUUCCUCCAUGAUAGAUCCGACUACAAACACGGCUGGCAGAUUGAGAGGGAACUGGAGGAGGGCAGAUAUGGAGCAAACGACGAGGAGAACUACGAGGUGAGCAGUGAUGAUGAGGAUUUGCCCUUCAAGUGCUUCAUCUGCCGGGAAUCUUUCAAGAAUCCCAUUAUCACCAAGUGCAAGCACUAUUUUUGUGAGGUCUGCGCCCUUCAGCAUUAUCGCAGGUCCAAGCGCUGCUAUGUGUGCAAUACUCAAACCAACGGAGUCUUCAACCCAGCUAAAGAAUUGAUGGCCAAGUUGGAGAAACACAACGCUUUAACAGAUCAGCCACCAUCAGAUGAGGAAGAUUAACACAUGAACAUUUCCAACCAUCCACUUGUGUGUUUUGUCUGUCUGCAUUUUGAAUAAAAUUGUUUUUAGAAAGUU